UCCUUUUUCACAGUCGCCAGUCUCUUCCUUCCCCACCCAAAUCGACGCUAUAACUCCUCUUUUUCUUCCAAUCCCUAGCCCGGCCUCCUCGACAUCGCCGCAAGGCUGUUGGCUGACGGUGGGACGUUGGAGGCAUUGGAGUUCUCGCAGACCAGAGCUGUGAUUAUGAGGUGUGGAGGCCUGCUUGCUUCGUGGUCUGGAACCGAUUUCAGUUCUCCUUUGGUUUGAUUUGGCUGAAGGAAGAGCAGCAGAGCAGUGCGCGAGGCGCAAUAUCUUUGCUAGGCUAAGAAAGCGUCGAUCGCCAGGAAGGUGAUGCUUGGUUGGUCGGGCGGAGGGGAGGAGGAGGAGGAGAGAGGUCUUCCAUGAAGGUACUGUGCGAUGUAUGCGAGAGGGCGGCCGCGGCAGUAGUUUGCUGCGCGGACGAGGCAGCGCUCUGUUGGAACUGCGACGAGAAGGUCCAUGCCGCCAACAAGCUCGCCGGGAAGCACCAGCGAGUGCCUCUGCUCUUCUCCAGCUCCAACUCUGAUUUGUCUUCUUCUAAUUCACCUUUGCGAAUCCCGACUUGUGAUAUCUGUCAGGAGAAACCCGGGUACUUCUUCUGCUUGGAGGACCGAGCACUGCUGUGCCGGCAGUGCGACGUGGGCAUCCACACAGCCAGCCCUUACGUGUCAUCGCAUCAGCGUUUACUGAUCACCGGUGUGAGAGUUGCACUUGAACACCAUCUUGCUAGUGAUGGUAACAAGAACAGCAGCUGCAGCAAUGGCAACAACACGAGUAGCAACAGUAACAGCAACAGCAACAGCAUCCCGCGAACACCAGUGGUCUCGGCCUCAGCCGAUUCCAGUGCCAACAAGAAGCUUCCGGAGGCCACACCAGGGUACGCUGUGGAGGAGGGUUCAAGGCCGCAAUGGCCAUGGAAUGACCUUCUCGACAACUUUGAAUUCGAUCCUUACGGGUUUUCAGAGCCCGGUUCCUCAAGUUGAAAUUGAUUGAGGAACAAUUCAUUCCUCGGUUUCCUUCAGCAAGUAAAAUAAGAGUGAUAGCCGAGUGACAGGCAUAUUAAAGUGUUCGUCUAAGAUUGUUCUAUUUAACGUCAUUGUCUUGUUGAUUCUCAUGGUUGAUAUCGGUAAAUUCGAAUACUGGUGACUCAAACUGAUGAUUUAUUGACCCUC